GCAUUAUUCGCAAUGUGGAAAUUCAUUUGGCUAUUGUACAUUUAGUGUUUCUUGUAUAUCAAAAUACUAAAAGCAUUGUGAUAAUUAUUAACACAUAUAAAUAUUUAUAAUUCAUUUAAAAUUUAUUGAAACAAUGAUAUCUUUCAAAAUAUUAACAAGUUGAUAUAAAAUAUUUAUAAAGUUACUAUAAUUACUAUACUAAAAAUUUUAGUGAAAAAUAUAAUAAUAUAAAUCAUGGAUAAUUGUACUAUAACAAAACUUCCUCAUCAUAUACAACAAAAAUUGUGUAAUACACGACCUCCUUAUAGGCAGGGAAAAAAAUUAACAUCUGUGAAGGUAGCAUUGUGAACUUGUUUAUACAAUAAAUGAUGAAUCAAAACAUUUAAUGAUAUGUGGAGUACCAAAACUCCAAUUAGGUGAAGAAAUAAAAAAACUUGUUGAAUCUUAUGGUAAUAUAAAAAAAAUUCACAUAGUUCAUGAUUAUCCCACAGAAGAGUUUACAGAAGCAUAUUAUAUACAAUAUGUUCAUAUACAAAGUGCAAGAAUAGCAAAACGAUUCAUUGAUGAUAAAAAUUUUUAUGGAGGUUCAUUACAUGUUUUUUAUGUACCUGAACUUGAAAGUAUCUCAGAAACUAAAGAAAAACUUCUUCAACGUCAAAAAGAUGUAAAUAUACGUAUUAAAAAAAAUCAACAAGAUCUAAAGAAUCCAAAUAUCAAUAAAUUUAUUCCCAAAGAACAAUAUAAUAGAAGAAAGAGAACACCUGCUUUACCACUUACAAAAGAGCGUCUUAUUCAACAGUAUCCUGGGAAAACUUUAUCAUCUAUUUAUGAUGGUAUACCACAAAAUCUAGAUCCAAGAUUAGUAUGUCAAUCCAAUCUACCAUCUACUUCAUUUGAAUAUUCAAAUAAUGCAUCUAUAUUAAAAGUUCCUUAUCAUUCAACUGAAGCUAUUAUUAAGACAAGUGUACCUAAAGAAACUAUAUUAAAAUCAAAUUAUACUAAAAACAAAAGAAAAAAUUAUAAAGGACAAUAUAUUAAUAAUAAUGUAAAAGUUAGACUUGUUAAACCACAACUUGUAGAUACAAGUACUAUAGUAAAAUGGGAUAUUUCAAAUAAAAAUAUAUUUUCUAAUCCAAAGAAAAUUGAUAGUAAUAUAACUAUUAAAUUAAUACCAAAAAAUGAUGUUGAGAAAAAAAGGAUUAUAAUAAAAGAUCCAAGUGUGUCCCAGUUGGUACAACCAAGUGAAAAUCUGCAAUUGUCAAUUAAAGAAGCUAAAUCGCAAAUACGAGCGGCCAUGCAAAUGAAUAAUAAGGAAAAUCCAUGAUUUUAUAUUAAAAUAUGUAAUAGAGAAAAAAAUUCUUUUUUAAGAAAAUUAUUUAUUUUAUAUUAAAUAAAUACACUAUUGCAAUUAAUUUUUUACAUUUAUGUUUACAAUUAAUUUUU